UCCUCGGGUGCGGCAGAAUGGACAGCCUUAACUUCCACCGGGAUGUUCGAUGACAGACACUUUGGAUGCUUUUGAGUCUCUUUUAGCUGUGUGUGUGUGUGUGUGUGCGUGUGUGUGCAUGAGAGGGCAUGCAGAACAAUGGCUCUAAACAGAAUAUCUCAACUGUGCCAUGAAAUUACCAGGCUGUGGCUGCAGCUGAAGAUGACAACAGAUGACAUCCUGCAGAAGGAAGACGGUCCUCUGUUAGCAGCUCAGAUUGGCUCUGAACUCCAGAAGCAGUUCGCCAUCCUGCCAGGGGGUCGCGGGAUCGACGGCCACCCCGUCAUCUUCCUCCCAGAGUUCCCGGCGUUCGGUGAGCUGCCGGAGGAGGAGCUGCAGAGUGUGCUCCGCUACCUCACAAGCGUCCCCAGCGUCGCAGCGUCUGGAGAGGGCUUCAUCCUGAUCGUCGACAGACGGCUGGACCGAUGGGCCGCAGUCAGAGCCACCCUGCUUCGCAUCGCAGGUUCAUUUCCAGGGAACUUGCACUUGGUUCUGGUGUUGCGUCCCACUACUCUGUUCCAGCGGACUCUCUCGGACUUCCUGUUCAAGUUCAACAGGGAUGAGUUCAAAAUGAAGGUGGUGAUGCUGAGUACAGUGACCGAGCUCCACGCUUACAUCGACCCGAGGCAACUGACCACAGAGCUGGGAGGCACACAGGAGUACUGCCAUGACACCUGGAUCUCACACCGCACUGCCAUCGAGGCGUUCGCCCUCAUGGUGAAGACCGUGGCGCAGACCCUGCAGGCGUUUGGCACCGAGCUUGCGGAGACAGAGUUACCCAACGAUGCAGAGGCCACCAUGGACCUGCUGCACAAACACACUCUGCAGAAAGACACAAUGAAGGAGGACCUGAAGGUGGCGCUGUCUCAAGGAGGGCGUCUGCUGGCUUGCAUCAAUGAGCCUCUGCAGACAGACCCUGAUUACAGCAUGACACAAGAUGAAAUGGAGAACUUGGCGACUGUUCAGAGACUCCUGGGUCAGUUGGACGAAACACAAACGGCGUUUGAUGAUUUCUGGGAGCGUCAUCGCACCAAGCUGGAGCAGUGUUUGCAGCUCCGCCACUUUGAAAAGCACUUCCGUGAAGUGCGGCCCCAGCUUGAUGUGAUGUUCGAGCGCCUGUCGGGUUUCUCCGAAGUCAGCAUAAGCCCCGCCCAUGCAGAGCACGUCCUGCGAGAGCUCAGUAGCCACGAGGAGAAGGCUUGUGAGCUGAUGGACCUCGCCUUGUCACUGGCCAAUGAGGGAGACAGUCUGAUAGAAAACUCUCACUACGCCGAGGACAGCAUCCGGCCAAAGUGUGGCGAGCUGAGAGGCAUGUGCGAGGAGAUCGGCUCCACUCUGCGGAGCAAGAAGAGCCUCCUGCUCAGGGCCCGGGAGCUGCACCACGCCCUGGAGAAGGCGUCCCAGUGGUGUGAGGACGGGAUCUUGCUGUUGGCUAACCAACCGGUGGACCGCUGUCAGUCUCAGGAUGGAGCCGAGGCGGCUCUGCAGGAGCUGGAGCGCUACCUGGAUACGGCAGCUCUGCACACCAUCUCAGACCGCGGCGCCAUCUGCUGUCAGUAUGAGGCUGUGCUCAAUCCUCAACUCAGGGACCACAUGGACAAGGUUUUCCAGAAGCAGAGUUCUGUUAAGGAGAUGUUUGAGAAGAGACAAGUUAGUCUGAAAAAACUCGCCGCCAAGCAAACCAGACCAGUCCAGCCAGUGGCACCGAGACCAGAGGUCAAGUCUCCGCUCUCCUCUCCCAACCCAGAGAGAAAAGAGAGGAGAUACUCAGCAGAUAGUGCUCUCUGUAAAAAGGGCGAGUCUCCUGUACACAACGGCGGGACAAGACACGCUUCCCUUUCAGAAGAAGAGGAAAACCUGGCAGUACUUCGUCGGCAUGUGAUGAACGAGCUGCUGGAGACAGAGAGGGCGUACGUCGAGGAGCUUCUGUGCGUUCUGGAGGGUUAUGCAGCAGAGAUGGACAACCCCGCUAUGGCUCAUCUCAUCCCCAGCCACCUGCAGAGCAAGAAAGACAUUCUCUUUGGGAACAUGCCGGAAAUCUAUCAGUUUCAUAAAAGGACGUUCUUGAAGGAUCUGGAAGCGUACACGGACUGCCCAGAACUUGUAGGCCGCUGCUUUUUAGAACGGAUGAAAGACUUGCAGAUCUAUGAAGCCUAUUGCCAGAACAAACCUCGCUCAGAGAGCUUGUGGCGACAAUGCUCGGACUGUGCCUUCUUCCAGGAGUGCCAGAAGAAGCUGGAACACAAACUUGGUUUGGACUCCUACCUCCUCAAACCCGUCCAGAGAAUUACAAAGUACCAGCUACUGCUAAAAGAGUUGUUGAAGUACAGUAAGAGCUGCGACGGUGCCGACGACCUACAGGAAGCGCUCUCCUCCAUCUUGGGAAUCCUGAAAGCCGUCAACGACUCCAUGCAUCUCAUCGCCAUCACCGGAUAUGAGGGCAACCUGUCAGAUCUGGGCCGUCUGCUGAUGCAGGGCUCCUUCAGCGUCUGGACGGAGCACAAAAAAGGUCACGCAAAGGUCAAGGACCUGGCCAGGUUCAAGCCCAUGCAGAGACACCUGUUUCUGCAUGAGAAAGCUCUCCUCUUCUGCAAAAAGAGGGAGGAGAACGGGGAAGGCUACGAGAAGGCGCCCUCGUAUAGCUUCAAACACUCGCUUAGCAUGAGUGCAGUGGGCAUCACUGAGAAUGCUAAAGGUGACAACAAGAAGUUUGAGAUUUGGUCCAAUUCCAGAGAAGAGGUCUUUAUAGUGCAGGCUCCAACUGCAGAGAUUAAAACGGCCUGGGUGAACGAGAUUCGCAAAGUUCUGACUCAGCAGCUCAAAGCCUGCAGAGAAGCAACCCAGCAGAAGAGCUCAGACUCUCCCAAUCCCACCAGCAAUAACUCCUCCACCUCCCUCAGCCCGUUCCGCAGCAGCACUCAGAAGAACCAGAGGAAGCAGGAUGAGAAGAAGUUUGAGGCAAACCCGACCUCAGAGGCGAACUCGUGUCCCUCGCCGAAACAUAAAGAUGAAGCUGUGACCAGCCCGACCACUGACCGGUCCUCAGUGGCUAAAAAGCGUUUUACUUUGCAGGGUUUCAGCAACCUCAAGAGCCCCAAAGGCUCAGCUCUGAGUCCUGAGCUCUCCUCCAAACGCCACUCGGUCAAGAGUGACCCCACGCCGUUUGGGUUCAAAGAGCCGGCUCCACGCAGCACUCUGAGCAGAGUCAAAUGGAUGAGCACCUCUAACCUGUUACAGAGCAAGCGGCGAGGCUGGAACAAGCCGUCUCUGUCAGUGGACGCCUCUGAGGAGAACGAUGGCUUCUCCAGCGGCGAGGACCCGAUGACCUCUGACAUCGAGGACGAAGUGGUGAAAAAGCUGGCUCCAGGAAAGUACAGUGUGGUAGCAGACUGCGAAAAGACGGGCCCUCAAGAGUUGUCUGUCAAAAGUGGAGACAUGGUCCAGCUAAUCAGAGAGGGAGAGGACAGACAAUGGUUUGUGAAAAACCUCCGCAGCAGCAAAGAGGGCUGGGUGGCAGCUGCAAACCUCCUCAGCCUCAUCUCAGAGUCCAAAUCAUCUCAAUCACUCAGCAGCUCUGAUGGCAGCGUCUCUGGGAACCUAAGCACCUCUUCCAGCUGCAGCGAGACCUACACCAGCUUCUCUGACAUCAAACCCUGACCGAAGACCCCAUCCCCGACCCUCGACCCUUAAGUUAUUUUUUUACUCCUAUCAUAAAAUCUACAUCUGACUCCGACAGGAGAACAGAAUCAGUGUUUGUUUGGUUCUGUUUCUUUUCAAUGGAACACUUUAUAGUUUCCUUGCACCUUAAACUUCUAAUUUUGCAGUCGCACCAUGUGGAUUCAUCAUCAGGUCUCUUUUAAAAUCCCAAGACUUACUGGACAUGCGUUCAGUGCCAUAGCGCUAUAAUGUAGCAUCAAAAGAGACAUUUUCAAGAAUGUCUGCACUAAAUGCAACAACACUGGAGUCAAACUUUGCAGCUCAGCGACAGAUUCUUCUUUAGCGCUCGCACAGAUGCUAUCGAACAGGCAUUUCACGUAUCGCGACGGCUUCGGUGUCGGGCAUCAAUCGUACACUGUGAAAAGUGGCGUGUGGCUGCAACUAGAAACAUGUCCGAAGGCCGCGUCUUGGAACAAGACUGCGCUCCUGUUGUUCAUGGGAGUUGAAAGAGGCCAUUGUGUGUUUCUUUGGCCCAAAAAUUCUGUGUCCCUUCCAUAUUUUCACAAAAGAAGCAAAGAUUUCGAUGUCUUAUAAGGUGAUUGUCACCAAAAGAUCCACAUCCUGCACUUCUCUACUGAUAAAUACUGGCAGCUUGAACAUCUAGAUUUCUUUGUUUCUUUUUUGUAAAAUUUUCUCUGUUUACCUCUCAGGAAACCUUUGUGGUUGCUCAGUCCGGCAGGUGUGACUGCCGGACUGACUGUCUUUGUGUGCACAUUCCUGCCUGCCAGUUCAUAGAGCUGUUAAAGGGCCAGGCGCAAGUCGACUCAGUGACUAUAUAAAUCAUUUUCCAGCAGCACUGUGUCACUGUGACCCCCGCUGACGCGCGCUGAAACAACCAAACGACAUCGCAAAUCUCAAUCAACUGCAUUUAUGUUUGUUUCUCCACACAAAAGAAGGCUUUGUCCUCGGCCUUUGCUCUCAGCCCCAUUCAGGCAUGUGAAACUCGCCACUAUUUUUUUUUCUUUUUAAAGAAAGCCAGACCUGCUCAACAUGUUUGUGCGCACCUAUUUAAUGUAUCUGAUCCCAUUGGGGCUUCCCAACCCCAAUAAAAAAAAGUGACUUUUUGUAGGAUUUUCAAGGAAUGAGGAACUUGUGCUGUUACAAACACUGAAUCACAUCCGCUCUUUGAGAGCAAACAUGGUUUUAUAUACCCCAGGUUUCUACUGUAUCCACAAGGCGCAGUAAAGUACUCUCUUCCUUUAUUUUUAUGAACAGGAAUGCUGUUGAACUAAGCUCAGCUCCAUCCGUUUAUUGCCCACACUGGGCCUGACGCCUCUGUUAGUAAAGGGAAAGGAAGAAAGUGUGCUGCAGGCCUUUUCGUUUUCAACUGAGUGUACCUGUUCUGUUGAUGUCGCCUCUAUACCUCAUGCUGUUUUCCUCAAAAGCACGUACACUGUAGAGUCUGUCUCAGCGUUUCACUCUUUGUGGCAUGUUCCUCACAGCUCCCCAUUUUAAACCUAAAAUAUAUAUAUUUUUUACCUGUUCGUACAUUAUGAGAGUUUAUUUUCUGCCCUCUUUAAAGUAAAAAAAAAAAAACCUGACACGGGCACUAAACUUGUCGUGGUUUGAUCAUGGUCGCGCCAUAAAGCUAAAUGAAUCAUUUUUACUUUUUAUUCCAAGGCUGGAAAAAAAAACAAUUGAGAAAGGGGUUAUAUAUUUUUUAACUUUUCUGUUUUAUGCAGCACAUUGCGGCAACCACUGUCUUUAUUUUCGGAUGGUAUAUCUACUGUGUAUGAUGGUGAAAUAAAAAUGUUAUGAGACAUAUGUAUAUUUGUAAAUAUGUAUUCUGACUUGUAUGUACAAGUAAAGCAGCUUUAAUAAAAUCUGAGAUUGUUUCCUCAA